AAUUAUUGCGUUCCCAUAUGGGUUUCUGUUAUAUAUUUCUUCUGUGAAAAGGGAUUCAACGCACCUCAAAUGUUUUAGUACGGCAGAGAGUAAGGAAAACCUGCUCUCCCUCGCCGAACGCUCUCUAAAAUCCAUGUGUAUGUAACCACUGCUUAUGAAGUCCUACCUGCAUCUUUCUUGUGGCGGUGUUUGGGAAAUUCAGAGUACAGAAGGUAAAUUUCCGUCUCUAUCUGUGUUUGGGGGGUCGAAGGAUAUACCAGGGCACUUGGGAAAUUCUGGUUCGAAUCCAGUAGACCCCUGGAUGCUAAUGAAACGAAUGGCGUAUGAACCUAUUAUUCACUAGCCACUAUGGAACUGCAUCUCCUAAAGUUGCUUUAUUGUGUUUUGGAUUAGGCUUUUGAGUCAAAUGCUCUCCUUGUGACCCCUUAAGUAAACUGCUGGCUUCUGGUUGGGUGUCCAGGCAGUAUCCCAGCCGAUUCACUAAUUUGCGCGGUGUAUAAAUAUUCACGUACUAAGUUGUACCUUGCAUCUGAAUGACUAAGUUCCCCUUUGUACCAAUGUUAAAUGUUUAAAUAUAAUAAAUAGUUUGUUCAUUAUUAAUGGUAACAUUAUUUCAUAAUAUUUUAUAUUGAUUAAAUUACGCUACUUGUUCAUAUCCAAUAUUUUAUUAGGUGAGGAAGUUAUGUACGUAGACGUCAUGUUGCAUGGAUUACCAAUGAAAGGGACGUUCGCACAGAAUCGAUGCUCCAUAUAGUCUCAUUAGCUUUCUGUGAAACAGAUAUUUCAACGUUCAACGAAAACGUCGGCUAAUUGAAGAAGGUACUGGCCAGACAAAAAGUACAAACUUCAAGAUCAGCGGGUCAAAAAAAUAGUUUUGGGCUACUAUUAGGCUCACCAGAAAGAUCCCUUCAAAGUCAACUACCCUACUCCAAUGUUCACCAAACAUCUGAGGUUAGAACCUGUAUUUUUGCUAUCGUGUGGGUCUUUCAAUCCAAUUACCGUAAUGCAUAUGCGAAUGAUGGAACUAGCUAGAGAUAAGAUCGAAAAUUUACAUUUAUCAACAGAAGGUUCUCAUCAUGCUUUGUCCGAGAAAUAUGGUGAUAACUAUUUAGUAAAUAAUGGCCAUCACCAAACAAUUGUCGUUGGAGGCAUAUUUAGUCCUGUGUCCGAUCUCUAUGAAAAGAAAGGUCUCCUACCAGCCUCUAUACGCGUCGAGCUUACACGAUUAGCUUGUAUUUCUACAUCUGACUGGUUAGCUGUAAGCAAUUGGGAGUGUUCACAGUCACGUUGGUUAAGAACACGAGUGGUCUUAGAUCACAUCAACAGUGUCUUAAAUGAUAUCUAUUCAGAUUUGAAUAACAACCAUAAAACCGGCAUUAACUCAGUCAUGAAGAAAAAGAUUUGCUUCUCACCUAUCAGCUCUUCGUCUACUGAUCAUUUGGUUAACGAAAACCAUGAACGAACAAAACUUUCAUCACUAGAAGGCAUGGCAACUGACGUCUGGCUUAAAAACUGCUUUACUCACCUCGACUCUCUUACCAAUGUUAGUAACGGAAAACGUAGUGAAAAUCGAGUGCAUAAUAUUGAUGAUGAUCAUGUUAACAGUAAUCGUUUCACUUCAUUAUCAUCUGCAAAUAAAUCUUGUCAAAAUCAGAAAACCAGUUCAGACAUUUCACUAUCGAAGCCAUGUGUGAAAUUAGUUUGUGGUGCUGAUCUUCUUGAAUCAUUUGCAACUCCAAAUUUGUGGUCCGCUGAAGAUAUUGAAACAAUUGUUCGUGACUAUGGUAUAAUUUGUAUUAGUCGACCUUCAUACGAUGCUUCGAAAAUUAUUCAUCAAUCAAACAUUCUAUGCAAAUAUGAGAAUAAUAUAAAAUUAGUGGUAGAUAAUUGUCACAAUUCACUUAGUUCUACAUUUGUACGUCAUGCUUUAUCUCAUGGUGAAAGUGUACGUUAUCUUGUUCCAGAUCGUACACUGGAAUAUAUUUAUACACACAAAUUAUAUGAUGCUAGAAUACGAAAUGUUAAUCUAUUUGAAAAAGCUAAAGUAGAAGAAGUACAUAGUUGAUUACUGAACAUUCCAAGCUGUAAUUUUUAAACUAUGGAAUACAUUUGACUAUUAUUGAUAGUAUAUAAUUGUAAAUACAACUAAUCAUUAAUAUAUAUAUACAUAUAUAUAUAUAUAUAUAUAUAUAUAUAUUGCUCAUAUUGAUUGGAAUAUAUUUUUAGAAAUUGUGCAAUUCUGUCAUUUAAUGUUUCUAUUCUGUCAAAUGAUUUGCUUAUUUUGUUAUCAUUUCAAAUAAAAAACUAUGUAAUCAA